UCAUGGUAAACAAAAGCUAUAUAUGAUAUCGGAGAGUGGCUAGAGUUUAAAGUACUAUGAAUGCCUUAUUUGCAGGGAGAGGCAUUCCAAGAAUCUAGGUAAUUGCUGGAUGGGUUUUUAGAGGGAAAGAGAAAGUUGAACUUGUAGGUUUGCCAAGGACUCUGUGCCCUUCUUUAGGUAGAGGGUGUGGGGGUCGGGCUUCCCAGAUAGGUCAGAAAAGGGGAAUCUGCACUGGAAAAGUGAGACCUCCAUUUUUGUGCUGAGCUCAGAGGUGCUAUCCUGACAUGAUAGACUUUGAUCUUAAGUAGCAGGGUUUCCCAACAGAGGCAUAUAAACAAAUAAUAAUAAUGAAUAAUUUAAAGUAACUCACUCCUAUCUGCUACAACUGGGAAAGGCAUGAAAGCACAUUCCAAGAACAGUUCUGUGGUUUUUGAAGAAAUUGAGGUCACAAGGUUCUUGUCUUUGUUUCUUUGACACUUUCUCACAAGCACUCAGAAUUCCUUCGUAUGACUCCAUUCUUUGAACUGUGUUCCAACACUAUCCCAUUGUGGACAGUUCCACAUUUAGGCUCUCUUCUCUGGUGAUUCUAGAUUGUGUCUAGUUGACAAUUAGAGCUGUCACACCACCUCAAUUAACCUACCCUAGAAAAUCCCUCAUAAACAUGUCCCGCCUGUCCAAUACUAAUCCACAUUACCGAUCACAAGGGGGUGGCAAGCUUUUGAAAAGGUGCUGAAGAUGGUUUUCUCUCAGGUUUGUUCUAUACCUUUACUUUUGUCAGUGUGCUGUCACCGUUGCCUGGCCUGAAGACGGAAAACCACAUUUAGUUGGCCUGCUCUCACAACUCCAAAUUGAGCUUGACGGGUGUGGGACAGGGCCAGUAUACAUCCUCUGAGGUGUUUCAUGUGCCUGGGACUAGGUAACCACUUAGUGGUUCUGAUUGCCCUUCACUCCAAGUCUUGGCAAACAUGGCUGUAAGCAUUCAUUGGUUUCCCUGUAGGAGUAGGAAAUGUGAGAUUCUGUGAGGUGUAGGACCCCUCGCUAAGUGUCUGUGCAAACACCUAAAAAUUCCUGGUCCUAGACUUAGACUACACUGAAAGUCACCUAUCGGUCCUUCUUGGAAGAGUUGUGGGCUAGCCUUGGGUCGGAAGGGGAAAGGGUUGUCCUGCUCCUUUCUUCAAGUGGCUGUGGCCUGUGUUUCUCCUGUGGGUAUAACGAAGGCAGCCAGCUCUUUCAAGAGGAGUGUUUGGGAAUGCUUGUUUCUAGGGGGAAGAACGUUAGGACUAAGUGGUUUGUUUUUUUUUUUUUUAAUAGAUGCUUGUGUAAUAUAGAUUUCAGGUGCAGAGAAGAUCAUAACCCUAUUCUUGGGAGAUCAGCAGGCAGUUCUGGCCAAACAAGAGACCAAGCAGGAUUGCUGCAUGAAAACUGAGCUGCUAAGGGAAGAUACACCUAUGGCUGCUGAUGAAGGUUCCACAGAGAAACAAGAAGGAGAGACUCCCAUGGCUGCAGAUGGAGAAACAAAUGGGUCUUGUGAAAAGAGUGGGGAUCCCAGCCAUCCAAAUGCACCCAAACAUACUCAGGAGAACACAAGAGCUAGCCCACAGGAAGGUACCAACAGAGUGUCUCGGGUGGCAGAAAAUGGGGUUUCAGAAAGAGACACAGAAGUGGGGAAGCAAAACCAUGUCACAGCUGACGACUUCAUGCAGACAUCUGUCAUUGGCAGCAAUGGAUAUUUCUUAAAUAAACCAGCCCUGCAGGGGCAGCCGUUGAGGACUCCCAACAUUCUAACCUCCUCGCUUCCUGGUCAUGCUGCAAAAACUCUUCCUGGAGGAGCCAGUAAAUGCAGGACUCUGAGUGCACUUCCUCAGACACCAACCACAGCACCCACUGUGCCUGGGGAAGGGAGUGCAGACACAGAGGACAGAAAGCCUACAGCCUCGGGCACUGAUGUCAGGGUUCACAGGGCACGCAAGACCAUGCCGAAGUCCAUCCUGGGCCUGCAUGCAGCCAGCAAAGACCAUAGAGAAGUUCAAGACCAUAAGGAACCAAAAGAGGAUAUCAGCAGAAACAUUUCUGAAUGUGGACGACAGCAGCUUUUACCAACCUUCCCAGCCCUCCACCAGUCGCUACCUCAGAAUCAGUGCUACAUGGCCACCACAAAGUCCCAGACAGCUUGCUUGCCUUUUGUUUUAGCAGCUGCAGUAUCUCGGAAGAAAAAACGAAGAAUGGGAACCUAUAGUUUAGUUCCCAAGAAAAAGACCAAAGUAUUAAAACAGAGGACGGUGAUUGAGAUGUUUAAAAGCAUAACCCAUUCCACUGUGGGCGCCAAGGGUGAGAAAGCCUUAGAUGAUAGUGCCCUGCAUGUAAAUGGCGAGAGCUUGGAGAUGGACUCAGAAGAUGAAGACUCCGAUGAGCUGGAGGAUGAUGAGGACCAUGGAGCUGAGCAAGCUGCUGCAUUUCCCACCGAGGACAGUAGGACUUCUAAAGAGAGCAUGUCUGAGACUGACCGGGCUGCAAAGAUGGAUGGAGAUUCAGAGGAGGAACAGGAGUCUCCCGACACAGGGGAGGAUGAAGAUGGUGGAGACGAGUCUGACCUGAGUUCUGAAUCCAGUAUCAAGAAGAAAUUUCUCAAGAGGAGAGGGAAGACUGACAGCCCCUGGAUCAAACCUGCUCGGAAAAGGAGGCGGAGAAGUAGAAAGAAGCCAAGCAGCAUGCUUGGUUCCGAGGCUUGUAAGUCAUCUCCAGGAAGCAUGGAGCAGGCAGCUCUGGGAGACAGCGCUGGCUAUAUGGAAGUUUCCCUGGAUUCCCUGGAUCUCCGUGUCAGAGGAAUUCUGUCUUCCCAGACAGAAAAUGAAGGGCUGGCCAAUGGUCCGGAUGUGCUGGAGACGGACGGCCUCCAGGAAGUGCCUCUCUGCAGCUGCCGAAUGGAAACCCCCAAGAGCCGCGAGAUCAGCACCCUGGCCAACAACCAGUGCAUGGCCACUGAGAGCGUGGAUCACGAAUUGGGCCGGUGUACAAACAGCGUGGUCAAGUAUGAGCUGAUGCGCCCAUCCAACAAAGCACCGCUCUUGGUGUUGUGUGAAGAUCAUCGGGGUCGCAUGGUGAAACACCAGUGCUGUCCUGGCUGCGGCUACUUCUGCACGGCGGGUAACUUCAUGGAAUGUCAGCCUGAGAGCAGCAUCUCGCAUCGUUUCCAUAAGGACUGUGCCUCUCGAGUCAACAAUGCCAGCUACUGUCCCCAUUGUGGGGAAGAAGCUUCCAAGGCCAAAGAGGUGACCAUAGCAAAAGCAGACACAACUUCUACAGUGACCCUAGCCCCUGGACAGGAGAAGAGCCUGGCUGCUGAAGGCAGGGCUGACACGACCACGGGCAGCAUUGCUGGAGCCCCAGAGGAUGAAAGAUCGCAGAGCACAGCCCCCCAGGCACCAGAGUGCUUCGACCCUGCAGGGCCGGCUGGGCUCGUGAGGCCGACGUCUGGCCUUUCCCAGGGCCCAGGAAAGGAAACCUUGGAAAGUGCUCUGAUCGCUCUAGACUCUGAAAAACCCAAGAAACUUCGCUUCCACCCAAAGCAGCUGUACUUCUCUGCCAGGCAGGGCGAGCUGCAGAAGGUGCUUCUCAUGCUGGUUGAUGGAAUUGAUCCCAACUUCAAAAUGGAGCACCAAAAUAAGCGUUCCCCAUUACAUGCUGCUGCGGAGGCUGGCCACGUGGACAUCUGCCACAUGCUGGUUCAGGCGGGUGCCAAUAUUGACACGUGCUCAGAGGACCAGCGGACCCCACUGAUGGAGGCUGCAGAGAACAACCACUUGGAUGCAGUGAAGUACCUCAUCAAGGCUGGAGCACAGGUGGAUCCGAAGGACGCAGAGGGCUCCACAUGUUUGCAUUUGGCUGCCAAGAAAGGCCACUAUGAUGUGGUUCAGUAUCUGCUUUCAAAUGGACAGAUGGAUGUCAACUGCCAGGAUGAUGGUGGUUGGACACCUAUGAUCUGGGCCACCGAGUACAAGCACGUGGAUCUGGUGAAGCUGCUGCUGUCUAAAGGUUCUGACAUCAAUAUCCGGGAUAAUGAGGAGAACAUUUGUCUGCACUGGGCAGCAUUUUCAGGCUGUGUGGACAUAGCUGAAAUACUUCUGGCUGCCAAGUGUGACCUGCAUGCUGUGAAUAUCCAUGGAGACUCACCCCUGCACAUCGCAGCCAGGGAGAAUCGCUACGACUGUGUUGUCCUCUUUCUUUCUCGGGAUUCGGAUGUUACUCUGAAAAACAAGGAAGGAGAGACUCCCUUGCAGUGUGCAAGCCUCAGUUCGCAGGUGUGGAGUGCAUUGCAGAUGAGCAAAGCACUUCGGGACUCAGCCCCUGACAAGCCCGUUGCUGUUGAGAAGACGGUGAGCAGAGACAUCGCUCGAGGGUAUGAGCGCAUUCCCAUUCCCUGUGUCAAUGCUGUGGAUAGUGAGCUGUGUCCUACCAACUAUAAGUAUGUCUCCCAGAACUGCGUGACAUCCCCCAUGAACAUUGACAGAAACAUCACUCAUUUGCAGUACUGCGUGUGUGUAGAUGACUGCUCCUCUAGCACCUGCAUGUGUGGCCAGCUGAGCAUGCGCUGCUGGUAUGAUAAGGAUGGCCGACUUCUGCCUGAGUUUAACAUGGCAGAACCACCCUUGAUCUUCGAGUGCAAUCAUGCCUGCUCAUGCUGGAGGAACUGCCGCAAUCGUGUGGUGCAAAAUGGUCUCAGGGCAAGGCUGCAGCUUUAUCGGACACAGGACAUGGGCUGGGGUGUGCGGUCCCUCCAGGAUAUCCCACUGGGCACCUUUGUCUGCGAAUACGUAGGGGAGCUGAUUUCAGACUCUGAAGCUGAUGUUCGGGAAGAGGACUCUUACCUCUUUGAUCUCGACAAUAAGGAUGGAGAGGUAUACUGCAUUGAUGCUCGGUUCUAUGGGAAUGUCAGCCGGUUCAUAAACCAUCACUGCGAACCCAACCUUGUGCCUGUGCGAGUGUUCAUGUCACACCAGGACCUGCGGUUUCCCAGGAUUGCCUUCUUCAGUACCCGCCUGAUUCAGGCUGGGGAGCAGCUGGGGUUCGACUAUGGGGAGCGCUUUUGGGACGUCAAGGGCAAGCUCUUCAGUUGCCGGUGUGGGUCUCCCAAGUGUCGGCACUCAAGCGCAGCCCUGGCCCAGCGGCAAGCCAGUGCAGCCCAGGAGCCUCAGGAGAAUGGCCUUCCAGAUACCAGCUCUGCAGCCGCUGCUGACCCCCUAUGAAUUGCCAGUGUGGCUAGUGGGACCCUCAAAAUGAGAUUCUGGUGACUGCAAUUUAGAGAGGAAGAAACUCUACAUAUGUCCAAGAGGAGCUGGAGGUAUGGACACCUCUCAGGAAUGUUCUGGGCCCGAGGUGUUCAUUUAGCUGGCCCAGUGCUCAGGCCAGAGCAUGCCUCUGGGCCUGCACCUCAGAGACCUGGGACUCCAUGUUGCAUAACUUGUGAGUUACUGGUGGUGACUCUGUGCUGCAGCACUUCCCACGUCUCCCUCUGGUCUCUGAAGCCCUUGCUCCACUGCCAGUUUUGUUUGUAUAAUGUCUGGUCACGCUCCUGUAUGGCACUCACCAAGGCCACCAUCACCUACAAGCUGCUCCGUUAGACCUGCUGCCCACAGCCUGUGUUGCUGGCACCAGCUCCCAUGUGCCACUGGAGGACACUAGCUCCCUUACAGCCUUGGAGAGUUUGGCUGACCCACCACUCAUUUUGAUGAAAUGUGGGUUUGCUUUUUAAAGAAACCCUAUAUCUAGCCCUAUAUAUCAAGCCUCUUACUGGUGUUUCUUUGCGAGGAAGCAGGUUGGUGUGUGCAGGCAGACCCUGUACUGGCCCCAGCCAGUUCCGUUGACGCAGGCACCUUUUGUUGAUUUCUAAGCCACACGCUAUGAUGAUGAAUAAACUCGUUUGUUUUUUACCAUUACUGAACAUUAGGACAUCAAAGAAUAAAAACACAAACACAGACAACGGUGCUGAAUCUGGUGUGGUCUCUACUCACCACAUGAAAAUAAACUAUCAACUGUAAAAAAAAAAAAAAAAGAACAAAAUGAUUUUAGAAUAAAGUGCAGGAAAAACUUUUUUAAAAUGUUAGUCUUGUAGCUGAAUAAAUUUGCCAUCACCUUUUGUGUGGUGGCCGGGCAGGUCAUGUACUUUUUUUUGGCAUAUACCUUUCUAAAUACUGUAAUUAGUGCAGCGACAGUGGGUUGGUUUUUUGUUUUUUGUUUUUUUUUUUCCUUUUGUGUGUAUGUGUGUGUGUGUGUGUGUGUGUGUGUGUGUGUGUGCGUGACUCUUCUAAAACAUUCAUAAUGCAGUCAUGUUUAUUUUUUUCUGUUAAAAUGUUUUUUGACAGUUUUAUGAGCAGUCUUUUGGCUCAGACCAUUUCUUGUUCUGUUUUCAAUGAAAUCAAUAAAAAAAAAA